AUGAAAUUAUUUGGGGAUCAGAUACAAUCUGAAGUGGUGGAGGACUACGAUCCACGGUAUGCACCAUUAUAUGCGGCAUUGCGCACUGGUAAUUGGGAUGCAACUCUGAAAUUUAUUCAGAACCAUCCGCAACCGGCGGAAGCAGUGAAGGCAAAAAUUUCGCACGAGGGGAAGAGACCUCUUCACGUGGCAGCUCUAUUCGGGCACCACCACAUCCUGGAGAGGUUGUUGCCGUUAAUGUCAACGGAGGAUGUUAAACUGACAGACAAUCAUGGCUUCACGGCUCUUCAUGAAGCUACUUACGGUAGAGACGUCAGAGUGGCACAAUGCCUUGUCCAACGCAACAGGGAAUUGCUUACAAUUCCUUCAAACGAUCAUUGGAUUCCUCUCACACGUGCUCUUAGCGUUGGUAACAAGGAAACUGCUGCCUACCUUUUUCGCGAAAUUCCAGCGGAAGAAUUAGCACCUGAAAAGGGAAUCAAUGGGGUUAAUGUUCUCAGCAUGUGUUUUUCCUCUCAGAUAUUAUUAGAUGAGGCUCUAAAGUUACUGCGUAAUUACCCAAAGUUAGCAGUAACAGCAGGGGAUAGCGGGUCAACAUUUUUGGAAGCUUUGGCAAGUGUACCUUCUGCAUUCCCUAGUGGGCGUCAACUCACAUGCUGGGAAAGAUGGAUCUUGAGAAGAAGACGAAAUAUAUACAAAGUUGAUGAAUCAAACGUGACCUACAAGCAGUCUCGUGAGCUUCUACAGAUUGCAUGUGAACAACUAUCCGAAUUAAGAAAAGAAGAGCUUGAAAAAAGUCGAGCACGUCUGGCACUAAUUCAAGCCGCCAAAAUGGGGAUCCCAGAGUUUAUCAAGGAAGUGAUAAAGAAACACCCACACGUUUUCUGGGCAGGUGAAAAUCCGAGAAAUGCUAUAUUUGUGGGUGUUGAAUAUCGCCAAGCCAGUGUUUUUGAUCUUAUUCACGGUAUGGUUUGGAAAAAUGCACUUGCUGAAAUGACGGACAGGAAUGGCAACACUCUGCUUCACAUGGCAGGAGUGUUAGCUCCGAGCGCACAGCUUCAUGAUAUCUCUGGUGCCGCUUUACAAAUGCAAAGGGAAUUACAGUGGUUCAAGGAAGUGGAGAGUAUCACACCAGCUUCAAGGAAGGAAUCUUUAAACAAUGACAAAAAAACUGCUCGACAAUUGUUCACGGAAGAACACAAGGAUUUGGGGAAACAAGGUGAGAAAUGGAUGAAAGGAACAGCCACUUAUUUUAGUCUUGUAGCAGCUCUUGUAGCCACGGUGGUUUUUGCUGCCGCAUUUACGGUUCCAGGUGGUAAUGACCAGACCACAGGUUACCCUAUUUUCUCAAAGAAAAAGGCAUUUGUGGUGUUUGUAUUAUCUGAUGCAAUAUCGCUCUUUUCUUCUUCAACUUCGAUAAUCAUGUUCUUAGGCAUUCUCACUUCCCGUUAUGCUGAAGAUGAUUUUCUCAAGGCAUUACCUUUGAAGCUUAUCACAGGCCUUCUGACUUUAUUUAUCUCCAUGGCAUCCAUGUUGGUAGCAUUUUCUGCGGCGCUCUUUGUUAUGCUUCACGGGAAAGCAUGGAUUGUUAUACCUUUAAGUUUUCUUGCUUGUGUUCCAAUUGCUUCCUUCAUUUGGUUGCAGUUUCCUCUUUUUGUGGAGAUCACAGUGUCGACCUUCGGGCCAAGCAUCUUUAAUAGGAAUGCUAAUAAGCACUGGCUCACUCGAUAAUUCACUUGCAAUGUGUUUUUGUAUGUAAGGUCUGUAAUCUUUGGUAAUAAUAGUUGAGAAUUGUGAGAGUGUCAUCAUAA